AUGGUCUUCACGGAUAUACUCGGUAAAAGUACACUGGCCGACUAUGGCAAGAAGAUUAGAUCGGCCCCGCGCGAGGUGGUCUUUAGUCGCACUUUGUUGCUGUCGGCUAUGAUGUUUGCGACCGCAGCUAUUCCUUUGACAUGGGAUCAAGGCUCCGCAUCGACUGUUUCCUCUCUCUCAAGCUUUGAGCAACAGUUCGGUAUCUCGUCUAAAUCCGGUGCCAAUUCGACCAGAAACUUUGUUUCGCUUGUGUAUAUCGGUGAUGCAGUGGGUGCUGCGUUGUCAUUCUUCAUCAAUGAUCGGAUCGGACGGUUAUGGUCAUACCGUUUGUAUACAUCUGUGUGGAUAAUGGGGCAGAUUGUGGCCAUGUUCAGUCCCGGUGCGUCUGGCUUAUACGCUGCUCGCAUCAUCUCAGGAUUGGGAAUUGGGGCUUUGAGUGUCACUGGGACUGUCUCGAUUGUUGAGAUCGCACCGGCUGAGAUACGAGGGCUGCUGACUGCGUGGUAUUCUGUCUGCAUGGGAAUUGCUCUGAUGACGGCGACCUUUUGCGUUUACGGGAUUGAGAUACAUAUGGGAUCAAGUCGGCUGCAAUAUCAGGUUGUCUGGUUCUCGCCGUGUAUCUUUAUGUUUCUCUGGAUUGUGGCCAGUUUCUUUCUUUGCGAAUCACCACGAUGGUUGAUUAUGUGUGGCCGUGAUGAAGAGGCUGUUCAGACUCUGUCUACUCUGCGAUGUCUGCCAUCUGACGAUGCUCGUGUACAAGCAGAGAUUGAAAGCAUCCACCACUCUCUCCAAUCCGAGGGCCAUGACACAGACAGCCGGUCUUCCUUUGGUAACAUGAUCAGCAUUGCCCAGGAGACAUUUACUGAUCUGUCUAACCUGCGCCGUUUCCAGCAAGCGUUGAUCAUGUACGCCUUAGCCGAGUUUUCUGGCGGCAACUCCGUUACGAACUACUUCAUUCCUAUUCUGGAGGUCGCUGGGCUGAGUGGGAGCUCCACGCACAAUCUCCUGCUGAAUGGCAUGUACACACUCGCCAAGUUUGUCUUUAGUCUGGCUGCGUCGUUUAUAUUCAUCGACUUCUUCGGUCGCCGGACCUCGCUCUUCUUCGGCAUCACCCUGCAGAUGGUGUCUGAUAUAUACCUGGCGGCAUUCAUCAAGGUUCUCAACGACAACAACAAAGACGUCCCUCGUUCAGCAAGUGAAGCAGCCCUUGCAGCCAUCUUCAUCCAUGCUCUAGGAUAUUCAGUUGGCCUCCUCACCCUCCCCUACGUCUUCGGUGGCGAAUUAUGGCCCAACCGCAUCCGCUCAUUUGGCGCUGCUGUCUCCCAGACCUUCCACUGGCUUUUCCACUACGCCAUGACAUUCGCCCUACCCUCUCUUCUAUCUCGCACCAACAACUGGGGUGCAUUUGUCUUCUUCGCAGCCUGGUGCGCCACUGCUAUUCUCUACGUGUAUCUUCUCGUACCUGAGAUUGCAGGACUGUCUGUGGAGGAGAUUGAUGCUAUUUUUAGGGGACCGUGGAUUAUGGCGCGUAGACGAAAGACUAUUCCAUCUGUUUUGGAGGGACAAGAAGUGGGGCCGAAGAAAUCCAGGGACGAGAAUGAGACUGGGACGACGGUGAAGGCUUCCAAGGGGGGCGGUGGAAGAGACUCGGUUGAGUCAGUAGCUUAA